GCACUGGCAGCAGCAAGCGCAGCUGGUUCAGGCUGAGUUGGCAACUGGUAGUUGGCGCUAGCGGCCGAGGGAAAGUCAGAGCCGCAGGAGAAGGAUGAAUGGAGCAGCUGGACCUUCGCAUAUUGACAGCCGCGAGCGAGUUCUCAAAUUAGGGGGCAGUUUUGAGAAGCAGCCUCGCUGCGCCUUCCACACUGUGCGCUAUGACUUCAAACCUGCCUCUAUUGACACUUCUUGUGAAGGAGAGCUUGAAGUCGGCAAAGGUGAACAGGUGACAAUUACUCUACCAAAUAUUGAAGGUUCAACUGCACCAGUAACUGUUUUCAAAGGUUCAAAGAAACCUUACUUAAAAGAAUGCAUUUUGAUUAUUAACCAUGAUACUGGGGAAUGUCGUCUAGAAAAACUCAGCAGCAACAUCACUGUAAAAAAAACAAGGUUUGAAGGAAGUAGUAAAAUUAGGUAUCAAAUAGAACAGCAGCAGCAACAAAUGCGAAAUUCAGCUAGGACUCCCAAUCUUAUAAAACAUUCUCCAUCCGAAGACAAGAUGUCCCCAGCAUCUCCGAUGGAUGAUAUUGAAAGAGAACUGAAAGCAGAAGCUAGUCUAAUGGACCAGAUGAGUAGUUGUGAUAGUUCAUCAGAUUCUAAAAGUCCAUCAUCUUCAAGCAGUGAGGAUAGUUCCAGUGAUUCAGAAGAUGAAGAGUGCAAAUCCUCUCCUGAUCCAGAGAACUAUAUCUCAGAACAUCCUACCAUGUCUAUCAUGCCACAGUACAGGAUUCCUGAGAUAGUGUCCGGUCAGAAUAAACAUCAUGACAACAAUGGCCUUCUGAUGAAUACUUUAAGAAAUGAUUUGCAGCUGAGUGAAUCAGGAAGUGACAGUGAUGACUGAAGAAAUAUUCAGCUAUAAGUAUAAAAUUUGCAAGAUGUGAUAAUUUAUUUUAUCUCAGGAAUAAAAAUUUCUAAGACUGAGGAAAAUAUAUUCUAACUUUGAUAAUAAAUUUAAUCUAAUUCAGAAUUUUCAGUUGAUUUACAUUUGUUACCUUUUAUGGGUACCAGCAUUUUCAUGUGUUUUUAUUUAAUCUUAACAAAACUCUUAUGAAGUUUUACAGAUGAGAAAACAAAUUCAGUUUAAGUUACUUGUCCACGUAUUGUUAGUUAACCAGUGGCAGAUCAGGUGUUCUAAAGUUCAAGUUCAGUGUUCUGUUUUACCACACUCCUGUAUUCAAUUGUGAAAUGUCAAAACUUGAUAUAUAAUAAAUGUCCUGGUUUUAA